UCUGUCAAAGAGGCUAGCAAAACAUGCACAAACGUUACGCUGAUACGACGCUCACGAACAUUUCCUGCAGCGUCUCAUAAUCCAGACCAAACUCACUCGGAAAGUGGAUACGUUUUUGCCGCUUGCUCUACUAGACCUCAACAUUUCCUCAAGUUCUUUUCAGCCAAACAAUUAGCUACAAGAAAUCAGUUCCAGAUCCACCUCCAGCCUACCAUGUCUGAACCGGGUUCUGGUUGUGGUGUUCCAGCCCAGAGAAGCUCACAGCGGGGUCCAGAGAUGCUGUCAGUGAUGCUGGGGGACUGCAGUCAAACAGUGGAAUUCAAUGUGAUUGUCAAAGAGGAGGGCGAGGAGAGAGAAAUCAAUGAGGGGGAGGAGGAAGAGAGAGAGGAGGACAGGGACUCUGUUGACUCAGGAGAGAGCCCCAACCCAGACCCAGACAACGAGCCCAGUUCUACAGCAUCAAGACUACCUGGGCGUGGGAGUUACCCAUGCCCUCAAUGUGAGAAGAGUUUCAGUUCCUCAACUAACCUAAAGAAUCAUCAAAGAGUACACACUGGAGAGAAACCUUUUGACUGCUCAACAUGUGGGAAGCGUUUCAGUGAGAAAGUAAACCUUAAGAGACAUGAGAGAGUACAUAGUGGAGAGAAGCCUUACCACUGCACCACAUGUGGGAAGAGCUUCAAUCAUUCAGGAAGCCUUAAGCAACAUCAGCGAAUACAUACAGGGGAGAAACCUUACCACUGCUCUCUUUGUGGGAAGAGUUUCAGUCGGGCAGGAGACCUGAAGACCCAUCAGAGAUCCCACAGUGAAGAGAAGCCUUACCACUGCUCUCUUUGCGGGAAGAGUUUCAAUCAGCCAGGAAACCUAAAAAGUCAUCAGCGAAUACACAUUGGAGAGAAGCCUGCCUGUGCUUUAAAUUUGAUUGUCAAAGAGGAGGAGGAUGAGAAAGAAAUCGAUGAGAAGGAAAAGAGAGAAGUUGAGGAAGAGGAGGAAAAUAGUGGUGUAACUGACCUAUGUACAUCAAGACUUCCUGGUCGUGGGAGUUACCCCUGUCCUCAAUGUGGAAAGAGUUUCAGUUCUUCAGGUAAUCUAAAGAAUCAUCAAAGAGUACACACUGGAGAGAAACCUUUCCACUGUGCCACAUGUGGGAAGAGUUUCAGUGAAAAAGUCAACCUCACAAGACAUGAGAGGGUACAUAGUGGAGAGAAGCCUUACCACUGCACCCAAUGUGGGAAGCGCUUCAAUCAUUCUGGAAGCCUUAAGGAACAUCAAAGAGUACAUACAGGAGAGAAGCCUUACCACUGCUCUCUUUGUUGGAAGAGUUUCAGUCAGCCAGGAAACCUUAAGAAACACCAGAGAAUACAUACAGGGGAGAAGCCUUACCACUGCUCUCUGUGCGGAAAGAAUUUUCGUUUUGCAGGAGACCUAAAGAAUCAUCAGAGAUCACACAGUGGAGAGAAGCCUUACCAAUGCUCUCUGUGUGGGAAGGGAUUCACUCAGCUAAGAAUUCUUAAAAGUCAUCAGAGGGUACAUAUUUUAGAGACGCCUGCCUGUGCGUUCAAUGUAUUUGUUCAGGAGGAGGAGAGUGAGAGGGAAAUCAAUGUGGAGGAAAAGAGAGAUGUUGAGGAAGAGGAGGACAAUAGUGGUGUAGUUGACUCGGAUAUAUCAAGACUACUUGGUCGUGGUCGUUACCCCUGCCCUCAAUGUGAGAAAAGUUUCCGUUCCUCAAGUAAUCUAAAAAAUCAUCAAAGAGUACACACUGGAGAGAAACCUUUCCACUGCUCCCAAUGUGGGCGGGGUUUCAGUGAGAAAGUAAACCUUAAGAGACAUGAAAGAGUACAUAGUGGAGAGAAGCCUUACCACUGCACCACAUGUGGGAAGAGUUUCAAUCAUUCAGGAAGCCUUAAAGAACAUCAGAGAAUUCAUACAGGCGAGAAACCUUACCACUGCUCACUGUGCGGAAAUAAUUUCCGUUUUGCAGGAGACCUAAAGAAUCAUCAGAGAUCACACAGUGGAGAGAAGCCUUACCACUGCACUCAGUGUGGAGAGAGAUUCACUCAGCUAAGAAGUCUAAAAAGGCAUGAGAGAAUAUCCAUUGGAGCGAAGCCUGCCUGUGCUUUCAAUGUGAUUGUCCAAGAGGAGGAGGAGGAGGGAGGAGAAAGAGAAGUUGAGGGAGAGGAGAGUAAAGUGAAAUAAAGGUGAAGUGAGGAUACAUAAGCAGCUCUGUAGAUAUGGAAAUGUACACCUAUCCUUGCAAUGGCAUCUUCUGUGACAACAUUUUUUAAAUUUAUUUUAUUUCACCUUUAUUUAACCAGGUAGGCAAAUUGAGAACAAGUUCUCAUUUACAAUUGCGACCUGGCCAAGAUAAAGCAAAGCAGUUCGACAACAUACAACAACACAGAGUUACACAUGGAGUAAAACAUAUAUACAGUCAAUAAUACAGUAGAAAAAUAAGUCUAUGUACAAUGUGAGCAAAUUAGGUGAGAUAAGGGAGGUAAAGGCAAAAAAGUCCAUGGUGGCAAAGUAAAUACAAUAUAGCAAGUAAAACAUGGUCAUGGGCGGUACUAUUUAGGGCUAUUUUCAUCUUCUUUUACUUCUAUGAGUGUAUUGGAAGUUCACAAAUUAACUCAACUUGAAUACCAUCACCACCACCACCUAAUGUCCUGGAGAGUGUAUUUAUUAAACCUUUGUUUUGACAGGGAGUCGAUGCUGAGACCAAGGUCUCUUUUACAGAUGAGCCCUGUAUUGCACCAUAGUACACAUUAAACUACCAAUUUAUAUACACAUUAAUAUACAAUAAACACAUUACACUACACAUUCAUAUGCACAAUAAACACUUUAAACUACACAUUCGUAUGCACAUUAAAAUACAUGUAAUUAUA